GUUUGUGCUCCGACUAGUCCCCGAGCGCCGCCAUGGCGAGCCCGCAGCAGGGUGGGCCGAGGUCGGUCCCGUGCCGCCCGCAGUCGCCGCCCGAGCAGCCGCUGCAGGUGAAGGUGGUGGGGCUCUUCAAAAGCUCCAGCUUUCAGAUUGCGAAGAGCGCAGCUGAGAGUCUGAAGAGUAAUUAUCCAUCCAAAUUUGAAGAUCCUGUAAUAGUUCCUCUUCAAGAAUUUGCAUGGAAUCAAUAUGUACAGGAGAAAAAAAGGGAACUCAGGAAUGAAAUCUGGGAAUAUUCUUCCUACGUGAUGUGUUUUGUUAAUGAUCAGCUCCUGGGCGAUGCACUUGAUCUUCAGAAAUGGGCCCACAAGGUGUGGGAUAUAGUUGAUUUCAAGCCCCAGGCACUUUAUGAGGCACUUACUAUGGAUUAUUCUGCUAAAUUCUUAAGAGACACCAAGCAUGAUUUUGUGUUCUUGGACAUUUCUAUUGAUUUUUAUCCAAUUGGAAGAUUGAUUUUUGAGCUCUACUGUGAUGUAUGUCCCAAAACAUGUAAAAAUUUCCAGGUCUUGUGCACAGGAAAAGCAGGAUAUUCUCAAAGUGGCAUCAGGCUACAUUAUGCAGGUUCAAUCUUUCAUCGAGUGGUACGGAAUGGCUGGAUACAAGGCGGAGAUAUAGCAGCUGGAAAAGGAGAUGGUGGAGAGUCGAUUUAUGGACCAACAUUUGAAGAUGAAAACUUUACAGUUCCUCAUAAUAAAAGGGGCAUUCUUGGAAUGGUCAACAAAGGCCGUCACAGCAAUGGGUCACAAUUCUACAUCACACUACAGCCAACUCCCUAUCUAGAUAGAAAAUAUGUGGCUUUUGGACAAUUGAUUGAAGGAACAGAAGUUCUUCAACAACUGGAAUUGGUUCCAACAGAGAAUGAAAGACCAACACAACAAUGUAUAAUUAUUGACAGCGGAGAUCUUUAUAGCUGAUUUUCAUAUGAAUAUUUUCUGACAAUUUAUUAUUAUGUAUCUGAUCAGCUGUUUCUAGAUUUAAUUAAACAGUGCUUGAUAAAAUUUAGUUUGAAAACUGGCAGAUGCUGUAGGCUGGCUCACCCAACACCCAAUCCCUCCCCAUUUUCCUUUCUUGCCUCUGCCAUAGAGACUAUGAAAGCGAAAUACUCAGUUUCCCAGCCUCUUUUGCAGCCAGGAGUGACCAUGGGAUACCAUUCUGGCCAAUGAGACAGGAGCAGAAUGCCAGUGGUCCUGCCCCUUCCCCUUCAUCCAGUCUUGAAUGCAGAGAGGCUGGAGCCCUGAAGGAAAGGCCAAGAGAACUGCAGAGAUGGCAGCCCCAACUCUUGAGCUGCAGAACCAAUACUGGCAACCACCCAUCUCUGGACUUCUUACUGUAUGAGGCAAAUAGACCCCUGUUGUUUAUGUUACUGUUAGUUGAGUAUUUUGUUACUUGUAGCCAAAACUAUUCUUAAUUUAGCAGCAGUACCUAAUGGCCUUUGAAUCCUAAAACAUUUGUAAUAGAAUUAUGUUGCUGUUUGUAACUACAUCUCUGCCAUGAGAAAGUUGGUAAAUAACCAAAUAGGAGAGAAGCAACAGAAAAAAAUAAGUCAUUGUAAUAUUUCAUUGUUUAUAUGUAGCAUUCA